AUGCAACACCUCUCUGCACUUGAUAUCGAGACAAUUUCUGCUAUGUCUGCUGUUCCAACUGCCAUCACCGACCUUCAGCGAGUUUCAUCCCGACUACACUUCGCACUGGGCAAGAUCGGAACCUUUUCUAACGUCGUCACGAAGAUCACUCGAGGUGCUCACCGCUCAAUUGCCCAUCCUCGCAUCUGCUCAGCUUCACGCACUCUUAUUCGGCUGGCCUCUGCCUCUAUAAUCCUUGCACUCUCUUUGGUUCGCCAUGCAAAGGGCAAUCUUGAUACAAGCGAGUGCAUUGGACGCUAUCAGCGCAUCUUGCAGGACCUGGAGAGUGCCGUAGAAGAUGUGGAUAAACUGGAGUAUGAGGCUGAGAGGGAAGGAUAUAUUCCUAUUCCAGAGGACUUUCUUUCCGGGCCAAGGAGCGAUAACAUCCGUAUCUACAAAGAGUGUCAGUGUUCAUGCCACCUCAAGCCACGCUCGAUGCCUGUAUUUCCACCUGGAAGUAUAUUCGGACCAUCCGGCUUUGCAGGUCAUGGGAGGCACGAUCAUCCGGUGGGCAAGAUGCCAAUGGAGGAGGCUGUCAAGUAUUUGAAGUCCAUUGGCCAUGUUUAA